AUGCCUUGCGCUAGGCAAUUGCCAAGUAUCUACUGGGCUGCUCCCUUCCCAAAGAAUAAUCAGGAACGCUUAAUUCACCAAGCUCCCAUUCGACAGAAUCUCACGUUUGAGCAGAAGUUAGAUGUUAUCGACUAUUACCAUCGUUUUGAAGGACACCUUACACUUGAGGCUAUGGUCCCUGUUCUUCGCAAUGCGGGGUACUCAACAAUUUGUGCAACCACAAUCCGUCGUUGUGUAAACGAUGAAGAAAAAAUUCGGCGACUUGUCUCAGAAGACCCAAGUCGGCUACACUCCAAACGCGAGCUGAUGGUCGCUCACCCACAAGUUGAGAAUGCCCUCAAGCACUGGAUGCGCGUGAUUGCUACCUGGACAGCUCUUUUCUCCAUUUUUUCUCUUGCCGCUGCAGCAGCCGUUCCCAGAGGCGAACUUGGUGAUUUAAUUGUAGAACUUACGCAGGCAGAGAACCAAUGGAAGAAAGGAUGGCUCAACACAUCAUACGUGCUCGCUGGAGACUCUACCACAGCCAAUGGAACCACCCCUAACUCGGGCGGGUGGGGCAACGGAUUCUGCGCGAGCCUCGUUCCAGGGACACCGUGUAUUAAUCGGGCUAGAAACGGAGCGACAACGGUCAGCUUCCGCGAUGGAGGGAACUGGAACCUUACGAUUGAAUCCGCUAAAGCUGAGGUCGCGAACGGGCGGAAGACAUGGGUAACUAUCCAAUUUGGUCACAAUGAUAUGAAAGUCAUGACUGCCGAGGCGAUGGGGGUAAACUUGGCAACAUUUGUAGAUGAAGUUCGAGCGGCCGGCGCAGAGCCCAUUUUGAUCACUUCCCUGACACGACGGAACUUUAAUGCGGAUAAUAUCACCUUAAAUGAUACACUUGAGCCUUGGGCAAACGCGACGAUUGCAAUUUCUCAAGAGAAAAAGACGCCAUUGCUCGACCUACACAAAUGGUCGAUGUGGUAUGUCGAGAAGAUAGGGCCUGAUGCUGCUCACCGGCUAAAUCGACUACCCGAUGACAACACGCAUCUCAACACAAAUGGAACAACCGUGUUCGGCAGGAUGGUUGCAGAUUUAAUGGCCAUCGAAUUAUUACCUGAAAUUGGGCCGAUUUUGCCGAAUAUCUCGCUGUCGUUGCCCAUUUGGUUCGGAAAGGCUGUGUAUUAA